GGCGGAGCGGCGGGCACCGAGACACCAGCACGACAGUGGGCUCCGAGUCAACUGGUAUGACCGCAGGCACUGGGUCAGACAUUGGAUGGUCUGGCUGGACAGCGGGCAUCGGGUCACCAGCAUCAGACAUUGGAUCGUCUGACCGGACAGCGGGCAUCGGGUCACCAGGCAUCAAGUCAUUUGGCUCGACAGCGAGCACCGCGUCAUCUGGCAAGGCAGUGGGCUCCGAGUCAACUGGCAUGACCGCGGGCACCGGGGCAGACAUUGAAUCGUCUGGCUGGACAGCGGGCAUCGGGUCACCAGGCAUCAGGUCAUUUGGCUCGACCACGGGGCACCGCGUCAUCUGGCAAGGCAGUGGGCUCCGAGUCAACUGGUAUGACCGCGGGCACUGGGUCAGACAUUGGAUCGUCUGACUGGACAGCGGGCAUCGGGUCACCAGGCAUCAAGUCAUUUGGCUCGACAGCGAGCACCGCGUCAUCUGGCAAGGCAGUGUGGCUCCGAGUCAACUGGCAUGACCGCGGGCACCGGGGCAGACAUUGAAUCGUCUGGCUGGACAGCGGGCAUCGGGUCACCAGGCAUCAGGUCAUUUGGCUCGACAGCGGGCACCGCGUCAUCUGGCAAGGCAGUGGUCUCCGAGUCAACAGGCACGACAGUGGGCACCGGGUCAUCAGGUACCGGAUUGUCUGGCUCGACAGCGGGCAU